AUGAAAGCUGAUUGCAUGGACGAGGAAACAUCUUCAGCGGCAAGAAUCCAACAACAAGCGACCAACACGAGGAGCAGCAGAAGCAACAUGUCCCUCAUCAGUGUCCUCCUGCUCUCCGCAGUGACGUUUGCAGCUCUGGGAGGUUCUCCCUAUGACACGCCCACCGACAGCCAGGCAGGAGAUCCCUCAGGUGAGGAGGCAGAGAGGCCCCCUGGUCUCCUCAGCGCCUCCCCGCGUUGGGGAUCCGUCAUAACUACCAUCAAAAACCAGAAGAGUGAGCUUGAGAAAGGAUUUCCAAACAUGAGGGAUUACCUUCUGAACGAUGGAGUCUUCACGGCCCCGGAAGGCUGCCCCAGCAAAAACGUCAGCAUGACGAACGGGUUGAGAGGUCAUCGGGGUCAAAGCUUUGACAGUGGCCCCUCUUUUGUCCAGGACUCAUGCCUGCGUAGGCUGGUCAAAGGUCUGCAGAAGUACAAGGUUCUCCUCAAACACCUGGAGACAGAGUGCUCCUGCAAAGCCACACUCUCAAGUAUCGACAUGCUCGUCCCCUUAAUCACAGAAAAGUUGGAGAACUCCACUCGGGUAAAGCCGCUGAGCAAGGCCGAGAAGCAGCAGCUCCUGAAGGAGGUCAACAGCCACGAUGUGUUUCAAAGGACGCUUAGCGCAUACAUCAUCCUGCACCACCUCUGUGAAUUUGUUAUUGAUGGCCAGCGAGCAAUCGAUAAGAAUGAGCGCCAGGCGGCUCUCAGUGCUUUUAGUGAUCAUCGCUUACUAUAA